CUGACACUCCUCCCACCGAGCGAGCCGCCGACCCGCCGAGCAAAAUGGGAAAUGAGGCAAGUUACCCUUUGGAAAUGUGCUCACACUUUGAUGCUGAUGAGAUCAAAAGGCUAGGAAAGAGAUUUAAGAAGCUUGAUUUGGACAACUCUGGUUCUUUGAGUGUGGAAGAGUUCAUGUCCUUGCCUGAGUUACAACAGAAUCCGUUAGUACAACGAGUAAUAGACAUAUUUGACACAGAUGGGAAUGGAGAAGUAGACUUUAAAGAAUUCAUUGAGGGAGUCUCUCAAUUCAGUGUCAAAGGAGAUAAGGAGCAGAAGUUGAGGUUUGCUUUCCGUAUCUAUGACAUGGAUAAAGAUGGCUAUAUUUCCAAUGGGGAACUCUUCCAGGUGCUGAAGAUGAUGGUGGGGAACAAUCUGAAAGAUACACAGUUACAGCAAAUUGUAGACAAAACCAUAAUAAAUGCAGAUAAGGAUGGGGAUGGAAGAAUAUCCUUUGAAGAGUUCUGUGCUGUUGUAGGUGGCCUAGAUAUCCACAAAAAGAUGGUGGUAGAUGUGUGACUCUUUUUUUAAAAAGAGUACUACCCAACACUUUUGCUUUCUUCUCCAUCUCUGAAGAUCUGCUCAAGACGUCCAGCAAUGCUCUCUGUGUAUUUAAAUGGAAGUAUUUUUCUCUGUGAAGCCACAUUUUCCAACAUGAGCCUCAUGAAGCCAACUAAGUGUUAUUGAACUCUUAUUCUCUCAAUAACUCAGUGUAGCACUUUAAAGUCUGAAGGACAGCAAGAUGAAAAGAGCAUAUCAAUGUGGUGGAGAAAGGGAAGGGGUUGGCUUUUUAAUUUAUUUUUCUUCAUCUUUUAUAACAAGAAAGUAUCUAUAUAUACAUAUGUAAAUAUUUAUAUAUAGAUAUAUGUAGCUUUCUAUAUAUGUAGUAGGUUGGCUUUAAUUUAACAUACUUGAUUCAAAAACAAAAUGAUAAAAGAGUACAAAAGUGCCAAGCAGAACAUAAAACGUUCAAAAACAUGGAUAUAUACAUCCUUACUUUUAUUUCACACAGUUUUUAUAUAGAUAGAAGAUUGUACAAUUUGAGCCGGGUGUCAGGCCAGCUAUUUUUCCUUUUCCUGUGCUUUCUCUUUUGAGAGAUUGACAAAAGCAUUUGUUAAUGUCCUAUUAUUUACCUUAAUUACCUUAUUUUGUAACAAAGGAGUCUAACUUUAUACCUAUGAAUAUAUUUCCAGUUAUUACGUCUCAUUGCUGAGCAGCAGCUUUUUAAUAUAUCUCUGCUUGAGGAGAACGUAUAGUUCAGUGCUAUUGCCAAGAGCUAGUUCUUGUGUUCAUAUAGUGACUGCACCAUGCUUAUGGCUGCUUUAUUCUGUUACUUCAUAAGUAGGAGCCAUUACAUUUAUUAAAUGUCCCUGAGUAAAUGUAAGUUAUCAGUUGUGAUGACUGUUUUCUGUGUGAAGGCUGCAAGCUGUGUGAGGCAACCAUGAUUUAUCUUUUACUGAAUGAGGAGUACCUGAAGCCAUCAUGUAACUAAUUCUAGAAUAUUCGUUUGUUUCAUUAUAUGGUUAAAUAAGUUGUCAUUAAACUCAUGUUUAAACCAUAAAUUUCCUUUUGGUGUUUCAAAAGAUUUGCCACUAUUCUAAAUAACUGGUGAUAUUUAAUGUGUGCUUGUAUUUAUCUCAACACCCACACAUUUGUGAUUUGAAUGGGGAAAAUCUUGCUAAUCUGCCACAGAAGAGCAAAAUUUUAUCCAAAUUUAUGCCUUUUAAAUUACCACAAGGCAUAGAGAGUACAUGAUGAUUUUCUUUCUUGAUUUGCCCAUGUAAUUUAUAAUGGAUUCUAACUUAAAUAAAUUUGUGUGAUAUAAAAGUAGUGUAUCAUGUUCCACCACUUGAUAUUAUCCUUUCCCUUUUCUGCAAAGGUACUAUUUGGCUGGAAGAAAAAUAUUUUUGUUAGCUUUCCCUACGCAGUUUUUGAAUAAAAACUGGUUUUCUAAUGAGUGGAAAAGAGCAGGUUGCGUCAAGGUGAAUGAAUCUUAAAUGGAGCACACCUGCCUGCCAUCGCUGUUCCUUCAACUGAGUGCUGCACAUCAUGGGCUCUGUCUGUGAGAGAAAAAUCCCGGUGCUUGGUGUCCUUGCAUGACAUGGAGUUUUGCAUGUAGAUCGAUUUAAAAUGUACCUCUUGUUUACAUAAUUUGCAUAAUUUAAAAAGAUAAUGUUGCCAAACUUUGGAAAUGUUAACGUUAAAACUGAAAAUCUCCACUACAUGUAUCUUUCUUCCUCUGGAUCAGUACGUGGCUUAUAAUCCCAGCCAGUGGUUUGAUCUGUUCCAGUGUCAACUGCCAUGUGCUCUGCUUCAAGGGGGAACUAGUCUUUUGUGAAUUUUUUUGUAUAUAAGUAUUUGUUACAAAUAUUUUAGCAAAUGCUUUCUAUUUCUCUUGCUUGUGCAUAUCUUGGCUGGCGUUACAGAAAAUAGUGCAAACAUUAUUUCUUUACUGGGGAAUGAGGGUUUUUUUUUUUUUUUAAGUUUGUGUGUGUGGGGAUGGGGGAGGGGGUGGUUUAUGUUGAAUGUUUAGUUUUCCUUUUGCAUGAUACAUCAUGUUGUGGGAUCUUUAGAAAACUUCAUACUGUAUGAAUAAAAUAAAAUAUUUCAAACUUG